CUCGUUCUUCAAUUUGGUUUUCAAAAAUUAUCAUCAACACCUCCCCUAACCCUAAUUGAAUCACACACAUAGUUAUUUAUCAGCCACCAUCGGAGGAAAUAUGCACUUUCUCUUUUGAGAACUGUUUUUUUAUAUGCCAGAAGAGAUGAAGAGAUGAAGUAUUAAUUGGUAUGACCAGAUUCACUUCAGUAUGUUCCAUCUAUGCACAAAUGAUGGAUCCAAUAGUGACUCUAUUCGGAAGUGUUCACGAGAAACAGAACGAAACCGGAAGCAUGAUCUUCCCAAAUUUCGGAAGCAUGUUUCAUGGCGAUCAGCAUAAACCCGAUAACUGGGAUGUAGAGAGUAAUCACGAAAAUGGGAACUUAUCCGUGGACGAAACUAAUGAUAAUGUAAAAACCCCGUUGCUAUCGCUUAAUUCAACUAGUGUAGAUAAAGACAUGAUUGCUCCGGUUUCUAGGAGUAUGUUAAACACAGUUCAGCCUAGCGAGUCGAAUAGUGUGAUAGGGAUUGGUGGUGGGUGGCAGUUGGCGUAUACGAAGACCGAAGACCGAAGACGGGAAGAAAGCGGGCGGGUUGCAGCGGAUUUACUUGCACCAGGAGGGUGGUGCAGAAUCCAGACGCGGGUCCAUUGCUUCACUCCCGGUUGCAGACGACGGUGACGGGGUUCGGGCCUCGGCUCUUGUUAGUAGAUCAGUUCUUUGUUUAGAUAAUACGAUGGGUCAGAACCCGAUUCAGUCGAGUCUGAUCAAGCCGCAACCGUCUACUAAAGAUGUGAGGAGUUGGGCUGAUCUUUCCAAGCUGGUAUUAAACAAGCAUUGAUUGUUGGUGUUGGGAUUCAAAUACUACAACAGGUGAAUCGUUAUGUUUCAGGUGUAUGGUAAUCAGGGUGAAAAAUAUUUUGAACUUACAGAACAAUAAUCUCACUGGUGAAUUUCCAACGUCUUUGACAAAUUUAUCUUCUUUAGAGUCAUUAAAUAUGCAUAAUAACAAGCUCUCAGGAGAAAUACCUUUAAACAUGGAUAGUCGCUUAAAAAAAAACAUUAUUUUAACCAUCCCGACCCGACCCGAAACCCGUUCUAACCCAAACCCGUUCCGACCCGAACCCGUUUUGACCCGAACCCGUUUUGACCCGAACGCCCGAACCAAAACAACACGUUUUUUAAUUAACCCGUUUUGACCCGAACCCGUUUUGACCCAUGACCCGACCCGACCCAACCCGUUUGCCAGGUCUAAUUUUGGCUAUGCGUUAUUCGAUUUGUGUUUAUGUAUGAACUUGGCGUCGCUGCGAAGGUGUGUCUUUUUUUUUUUUUUUGCUUUCUAUUCUUAUAUUAUGGAUCUUUUUAAUGUUCAAUGGAUUUUUUGCAGCUACAUUUUGAUAUGUUGUUACUUGAUUGAUGUCUACUUGGUUGCCUUUCCGUAUAAUCUUAA